CCGGGAAAGGCUAAGCAUUUGCAAAUUCCGGCUCCAGAGCGCGGGGAGCAUCCUAUCCCCGCUGGCUGGCCGGCCGAGCAGCAGCUGCAGAACAGGACGAGGCUUCCCGGUUCUUCGCUAUCCUAACGCUGCCCGCGUUAUCCCCGCCUCUGCCGCUGGGCGCCGGCGGCUGCCCUGCCCUGUCCCUCCAGUGCAACAGAGCGAAGAGCGGCAGCCCGCAGAGGUCCGCUCGGAGCCGAGCACUGGGCUAGAGACCCUGUUCCUCUCCUAGCCGCGCAGGCAUAGGCAGAGCCCUGGGCUGAACAGUCAUGACAGCUGAAAAGACUAUUCCUAUAAUUAACGGCAAGCCAGAAGAUGCUUUGGACCCAGAAGCUUCAAGUACCAACCUCGUCCACAGCAAUGAUAAGAAAGUUCAUGAAAGAGGUCACUGGAACAAUAAGGUUGAAUUUGUGCUUUCUGUGGCAGGGGAGAUUAUUGGGUUGGGAAAUGUAUGGAGAUUCCCAUAUCUUUGCUACAAGAAUGGAGGAGGUGCUUUCCUCAUCCCAUAUGUGGUUUUUUUUAUUUGCUGUGGAAUACCAGUAUUUUUCUUGGAGACGGCCUUGGGACAGUUUACUAGUGAAGGAGGCAUUACAUGCUGGAGGAAAGUUUGCCCUCUAUUUGAAGGCAUUGGAUAUGCUACCCAAGUUAUAGAGGCACAUCUAAAUGUGUAUUACAUCAUCAUUUUAGCAUGGGCUAUCUUCUAUUUGUUUAACUGCUUUACUACAGAGCUUCCUUGGGCUACCUGUGGGCAUGAAUGGAAUACAGAAAACUGUGUGGAAUUUCAAAAACUUAAUAUGAGCAACUGCAGUCAAAUCUCUUUACAAAAUGCCACUUCUCCAGUGAUGGAAUUCUGGGAACGAAGAGUGCUAGCUAUAUCUGGUGGAAUUGAACAUAUUGGGAAUCUUCGCUGGGAACUUGCACUGUGCCUCCUUGCUGCUUGGACUAUCUGCUAUUUUUGCAUUUGGAAAGGAACAAAGUCUACUGGAAAGGUUGUAUAUGUAACAGCCACGUUCCCCUAUAUCAUGUUGAUGAUUCUUCUGAUUCGUGGAGUAACGUUACCAGGUGCUUCCGAGGGGAUAAAAUUCUACUUGUACCCUGACCUUUCUCGACUGUCAGACCCACAGGUGUGGGUGGAUGCCGGCACACAGAUAUUCUUCUCUUAUGCGAUCUGCUUGGGGUGCUUGACAGCCCUGGGAAGUUACAACAACUAUAAUAAUAACUGCUACAGAGACUGCAUCAUGCUCUGCUGCUUGAACAGUGGCACAAGCUUUGUUGCUGGUUUUGCUAUCUUUUCAGUUCUUGGAUUUAUGGCUUAUGAACAAGGCGUGCCCAUUGCAGAAGUUGCAGAAUCAGGACCAGGACUUGCAUUCAUUGCUUACCCUAAAGCCGUUACCAUGAUGCCUCUUUCUCCUCUGUGGGCAACUCUGUUCUUCAUGAUGCUUAUAUUCCUUGGAUUAGAUAGUCAGUUCGUGUGUGUUGAAAGCCUUGUGACAGCUGUUGUAGAUAUGUACCCAAAGAUUUUCCGAAGGGGCUACAGAAGAGAACUGUUGAUUCUCGGCCUUUCCGUUGUGUCAUACUUCAUUGGCCUAAUAAUGUUAACUGAGGGUGGGAUGUACGUCUUUCAGUUAUUUGACUCUUAUGCAGCUAGUGGCAUGUGCCUUCUUUUUGUUGCCAUAUUUGAAUGUGUCUGCAUAGGCUGGGUUUAUGGCAGCAAUCGCUUUUAUGAUAACAUUGAAGAUAUGAUUGGGUACAAACCACUGUCACUGAUUAAAUGGUGCUGGAUGGUCUUAACUCCAGGUAUUUGCGCAGGAAUCUUCAUCUUUUUCCUGGUGAAAUACAAGCCUUUGAAAUACAACAAUGUAUAUAUAUACCCUGACUGGGGCUAUGGCAUAGGGUGGAUGAUGGCGCUCUCUUCCAUGAUCUGUAUCCCCUUGUGGAUGUGCAUUAAGCUGUGGAAGACAGAAGGCACUUUCAUAGAGAAAUUCAGGAAGUUGAUUACACCCAGCUCAGAUCUGAAAAUGAGAGGGAAACUUGGAGGAGGAGCCUACAGUGCAGCAAUAAAUGACUGCGAUGCCAAACUGAAAGGAGAUGGCACCAUUUCAACCAUUACAGAAAAGGAGACACAUUUCUGAAAGAACUAUCUCUCUUUUUUUUUUUUUUUGUAUAAAUGAAAUAAAUAAAUAAAUAAAUUCACCUAAUUAUAGAGGCUGGCUUGUUUUGCACAAAACUUUAUUAACCAGUUAAUUUUAAAGUGAAAAUUGUAUACUUGUUUAAAAGUGAUUUUUUAAAAUUACUAUAUAAGUAAUGAUUAUGUAAAAGAAAAAGAAAUAGUAUUAUAUGCUAUGUUAGUGAUGACUUCUUGUAAUAUGGUGAUUUCAGUAAAUGUUUUUUUAGAAGUUAGAGGGACCUGUAUAAUGUGCUGUAAAACUUUUCUACUUUGAUUUCUGUCAGACGUAAUGUUGUAUAGAUAUAUGCACUCUAAUCUGUAAGCAUUUCAGACCAUUGCAGCUUUUAAUGUAUGUAUAUAAAGGGGACCAGAAUGUCCUUUCGUUUAUAUCGGAAGAAACUGUGAGGAGAUGGGGGGUGGCUUGUAGCUGCUGUUGCGUAUUACUCUCUAAAUGCGGGCUGGAUCCAAAGGCCAGGGGACCCAGAGGAGCCUUUCCAGCUGAGGCACCAGGCUCUGUGGGAUUCAGCCCCUCCCUAGCCAGGGCAGCUGCACGACCGAGCUCUGCACCUAACCAAGCUCUUCUUUCAGGGCAAGUUUUGGGAAGCCGACAGGAAGCACCACCUCAGCCGCUCUUACCGCCUUCUCUCCACCCUCCAUUUGCUUCAACAGGUCUAAAAAUGUGGUGGAAUGGGCCCACUUCUGAGUCACGGUUUUUCUGGAGAUUGGAUAGAGAAUAUUUCUUAAGAGCUCUGAAUUUUGCUGCUCUUGUAAGUCCAUGGUCUCCAAGAUGACGUGUACUACUUCAGGGGACAUCUGAAGCUUUUUCAUUUUCUUCAGUGUCUAGGUGGCCGGUACUUCAUUUUGGUUGACACUUCCCAUCCCCUGAAGUGAAAUGUGUCUAUGCUUGUACAACGGGAGAUCAAGGUUACAACUGGAGAUGUUCUGAGGGAAAAAAAAAAAAAAAAAAAAGCAGGUUUAGAGCUCUGCAUACCUUGGCCUCUCUGUCUCCUUGUCUGCUUGCCAGUCUGUCUGUCUGUGCAUCUAUUCACUCCCGUCAAAAGAAGUGAAGGAUCCUGUAAUGACGAUAUGUAGCACUAUAUAGCUUUUCUCAUCUUCAGGGUACUUUCUAGAUACUCUCGGAUUAGGUCCUGAUUGUUCUACCCUGAAAGGUAUCGAGGCUUGCGCUGAAGUCAGAAUAGGAGCUCAUUUGGUGGAAGGCUAGAGUAAUUGGUCCUGAACGUAAUUUAUAUAUGGUGCAGGAACAAAGACAGGGAUGCUGUGAGUUGCAGGGGAGCAGUAUGGGGUUUGUGAUAUCAGGCCUUUUGAUUCUAUCAGUUGUAUGAACUGAGUCCCUCAGAUUUAAAACAGAUUUUGUAUGUGAAUCCAGCUGACGGACGGUUGUUGCCGUGAGGUAUGCAAAUGCUAGUGCCAGUAUCAAAAUCUCUAGACUAUCUCUUGGGAGUUUUUUGGGGGUUGGGUUUUUUUUUUUUUCUUCUGCCAAUAUUCCAAACACUCUCAUUUGUUCUGGACAAUUAUUCUUUUUUUCUUGUCCUGUUUUUUUAUUUAAUGGUUGUAUGAGAAACCUGUGAAGAAUACUGUACUACACUGCGGAGUAUUUGAUGGGGAGAAACAAGCAGCAGCCUAAGACAGCUCAGAAGAAAUGUCAUAACAUCUGCUGUCUUCUCUGCAAUUCAAAAUCACCAAAGCUCAGAUCCCAGCACCUGGAGCUGUAAGAAGCAGAAGUGGCUGCUGGCCUUCUACAGAGGAAAGCAUUUCACUAGAAGUCUCUAAGUAUAUCUUAAUAUUACGUAGAACUGUACAGGUAGUCAGCAUUUCUUUGAGAUUUUACAGUUACCUCUUAAAAAGCAUUUCCAUACGCUCAAGUCUCAAGUCACAUCAUCGAAUAUAAUCUAUUUAAUUUUCCUUCAUCUUAUUUGUAUUUUUUGUGUGGUAAGGUAGAAGCCUAAGAGAGAACUUCUCUACCACAAUUCUACUUCAAAUAUUUUAAGUCCUUUGCACGUCUCCAUCAUUAGUUGCUUAGAAAGGACAUUUUGAAGGAGCCUGCCUUCAUGAAGGCACAGAACCAUCAUCCUGUGAAUGCUGGCCUCCCUCAGAGGGAGUCUUCAGCUUGGCAUCCAGAACUGGAGGUUACCAAUGAAAAUCAUGGUCCCACUGGAACAUGAUACUUCUGGAAGAGAAAUGCUCCCAGAAUUGACACCACAGAGUGAGUUAUAAAACUACAGAAAAGACAACGAAGCAACUGAAAGCUACAAAUUGAUAUUGAAAAAAUGCCCACUCCAAACCCUAGAAUUUAACAUUUUUGGAAGUGCUAAUGAAUCGUAAGCAUUUCUAAUCUCGUGUUCCUUUCUGGUCCUUCUCUCCACCCACCAGAGCUGCAGAAGUAAGGCCCCGAAGGCACAGAUGGGCCUUGGGAUGGGUUAUGUUCCCUCCCAGAGUAAAUGUCAACACAUUUUCAUAUCAGUGAAGGAUGUAGAUGCACUCUUGGGUUACACUUGGCCCUUAGCCCUUGCUUUCAAUGGAGUUAUCUUCAGCAAUUGGGACUCCUCGUGAAUGUUCACAGUAAAGUGUGCCAAGAGGAGGAACCCACACCACUCAACUGGCCAUGCAUUAGACACAAAACGAAAAUCCCAGCCAAGUCAAGGUUGCCCUUUGAAUCAUAACACGCAUUGCUGUAGCAGGAAAAAUUGACUUGCGGAUUUUAGCUUCUCGGUGUACUUUGAACUGUUGUACUCAUCCAAAUAUCUCCACAGGAACUAUGUACUUGGUAUGGAACGUGCUUCCUAUUCUGCUGCUAUGAACCAUUUCACCCGUAGCUUUAUACACAUACAUGUGGUUUGGCAUGGUCUAAAUUAUUAUUCAGUAUUACUAAUGUGCUGUGCUUGUACAUGUGUGCAUUUAAUAUCUGACUUCUUUAACACUACUGAUUUUUAAAAAAUAUUUUUCUUUUGUGGGGAGGGAUCUGGGAGGGCGAAUUUCUUAAUAGUAUUUGUGUUGUGGGGUUUUUUGGGGUUUGGGGGGGGUUUUUUUUGAAACAAUAUGAAGGGGAAAAUGCAGAAAACAACUCUAUCGUGAUGAUUUUUUUAUGCAGUAGAAACAAUAUUGCCCUUUUCUGAAAUAUCUGCAGUAUUAUUAAAAGUAAUACAAUAAAAA